GAACUCCAGAAUACACUGCAGACUUCUUCCCCUCUCUCUCUCUCUCUCUCUCUCUCUCUUUAUACAUUCGAGAAUCCAUCCAUCCAUCGAUCGAGUCGUCUGUAGAAGAAUCGAAGGGAGGAUGUUCUUCUUCUUCGUCGGGGGAGUCGAGCAGCAGGUGGGGCAGGCGCUGAAGGAGGGAGCGGGGCGGUGCCUCCGCUGCGGAUCCACGGCCGACCUCGUCGAGUACGAGAAGGUCCUCAAGUUAUUCUUCGUCCCCGUCUGGCGCUGGCCCGGUAAGGACCCCGCCUUCUACUGCCGCGACUGCUCCUUCCUCUCCCCCCACUCGCUUCCUCUCCACGACGAUGACCGCGCCGCGACCGGCAGAAGCGGAUUGUUCGAGGCCCUCCGUUGCGACUCCUGCAGCCACGUCGUCGAUCCGCAGUUCCGCUUCUGCCCGUUCUGUGGCUCCGCGCUGUGAAAUCAAUCAAAAAGUAUCUACGCCGUAUCUUUUAUUCCGGCGUCCAUUUCACCCUCCCCUUUAUCGAGAAAACGGCCUUCCACCCG